CCCCUCCUCUAUCAAGAUUAUUAAUUUCAAGCCAAUGUUGAUGGUUUAGGACUUAGAAGCCUCUUACAAGUGACCAUUAGCUUAAAAUGUGCCUUUGUUAAUCUUAUCUAUUAAGAAUGCUUUUGUGCCCUCUGAUUAAAAUAGUUCUUAAUUACAAUAAUCAGCUUUGCAAUUCUUUGUUGCUUGCAUUUCUACCUAAUAUACGGAUUGGGUUUUCUACUUCUCUUGCUUAUAGUUUUAUAGUUCAUUUAUGAACCUUUAUUUUCCCCCUUGUUCUGGCUCUGCCUAAUAUGAUUCUUAGUUGGUGAUUCCUAGGAAUGCCUACUAACUCACAAUCUCUCUAUUACACAUUUGAUGGAAAACUUUUGCACAUUGUGAUGAAAAUUGACAUUGCUAUUGGUUGUUGCAAGCUUUUCUGCCUGUAAUGCUAACCGGGUUUUUCUCACUUACCAUGUAGCACUUCCAAGUUAUAUUUUUAGUAUCUUUUUUCUUUUUAUUGCUAACCUUGAGUUGCUAUAUUUCAUGAAUACUAGAAGUAGCUAGAAAGUCAGUACUUAAGAAGUUUUGAUUAUAUCUUUAUCAUGAGUUAAAUUAUCUUUUUUAUUUGUGUGCUUUAUUAACUUUAUAGCGAUGUACAUGCACAUUGUUGAUAAAGCAGGGCAUACGAGUGCUACAUUUGUAGCCCUUCAUUCUAUUUGGCCCAGAAAAUUGGUUCAUUUUGACUAAUUUAGAUAAUGAAACCUCAACUUGUUACGCUAAAGAUGUCAAUGAAUUGGGCAGGUCAGUCCAUUGUCUAUAGUCUUGUAUCUUGGAUCUACUUUAUAGUUAAGGUGCAUUCAAAAUUCAAAUGUAGGUUGAUGAGGAUGAAAUAUACUGGAGACAGAAGAAGGGUGAUGAAGAGUUGGAAUGGUCACAUAGUUCCACUCAUGUAAUAUCACAGUUUACUCAAUGUUUUGCAUUUGGUGGUUGUAGCUAAUGCUAUGGUUGGACCACGAUCGUGGGUAGGAGCACUCUUUAAUCGCUCAAGCAACAAACGCAAUGAGAAGUUUAGCGACUACCCUUUGAGUCCUCUUCAGGCACACAGACUUCAGAGGCUCCAAGAAAGAAUACAAGUACCAUUUGAUGAGACUCGCCCAGAUCAUCAAGAAGCCCUUAGAGCAUUGUGGCAUGCUGCCUUUCCAAAUAUUGCUCUCAAUGGUUUGAUUUCUGAGCAGUGGAAAGAGAUGGGUUGGCAAGGUCCUAAUCCAUCAACUGACUUCAGGGGUUGCGGUUUUAUUUCCCUUGAGAAUUUGCUGUUUUUCUCCAGGACUUACCCGGCAUCUUUUCAUAGGUUAUUAUUCAAGCAAGAAGGGACGCGAGCAGAUUGGGAAUACCCAUUUGCUGUUGCUGGCAUUAACGUAACAUUUAUGUUGAUUCGGAUGCUGGAUCUAAGCUCAGUAAAACCACGAUGUCUUCCAGGAAUCAAUUUUGCUAAAUUAUUAGGAGAGGAUGAGGAAGCCUUUGAUGUACUAUACUGUAUUGCUUUUGAAAUGAUGGAUGCUCAAUGGCUUGCUAUGCAUGCGUCCUACAUGGAGUUUAAUGAGGUAUUACAAGUAACUCGGACACAGUUGGAAAGAGAGCUGUCUUUAGAAGACAUUUACAGGAUACAAGAUCUUCCAGCUUACAAUUUGUUGUACCAGUAAAUUUGCCUUUCAGCUCUUCAAAAGCAACUAAAGUAUUACACAAACUUGGCCAAAUUUGUUAUGAAUGCAGAUAAUUCAAGAUGAGGGUUAUCUUGAGGUGUAUUGAACAAGGAGAUCUUCCCGAGGAUUUUCUUAGAGAGCAUAUACGUGCCAUUUUUGGAGGUUUGAUAGCUGAAAUGUGUACUCUAAAUGGACUAUAAAUCAGCUGGUAUCGGAGGCCGGAUUUAUAAUAAACUUUGUAACUCCAUUAAUUGUAGCUAAUUUUCCUCUUUCUUGAAAGAAAAAAACGCUAGAAGAAAAUCUAGCUAGAUUAGCGAAUUGACAUAGAUUUAGAAAUUUACACAUUUUAUUAGCAAAUUAAGCUUUAUAGGCCAUGAAUGGACCAGAGAUUGCAGCUUCCAUCUCAAGUCAAACUGGAGUUCUAGUCAUGGAUUACAUUUUUCUAUAGCAUGUGGAAACCUAAAAUAUUGUUUUCUUGUCUA